GCACUGAGGAGAACAAAGAGGCACAGGAGAGGACCAGAACUGAGGCUCACGCACAGACAGGUCCCACCAGUUCAUGGGGUUACUUCCCAGUCACAGCUGUAUCUGCAGGCUUACUGUCAGACCAGACAGUAUGUGUGGUAUUAAGGAAUGUUUUCAAGUGGCCACCGAAAGACAGCGUAAGCUCUUUACAUAAUUUUGGGCAGUUCACAUGAAUAUCUACCAAUUGCCUUCAGCUGAAUAAUGUGUAACCCAUCCCUUUUCUCAAUGAAUGGUUCAGCACAUGCUAUUAAUAGGAUUAUAGUAACUCCAUCAUAAUAUCUAGAAGAUCAAGUAUUUUCCAAUAAUAAUAAAUGCUGAAGAUUUACAAUUACUGUCUGAUAAUCCUACUGUGGAAUAACAGCCAGCCAGAUACAUAUCAAGUUCCACUGUAAGACUCACUCCUUGUGCUUACAAAGGUACUUUGGGCUUUGACAGACAAGAUCUGGUGAGAAGUGGUGCUCACGUAUUUUAUUCUAGAACACUAAGCCUAAUGGGAGAGAGACAGAUGUUCCCUUCUGCCAGCCAGCAAAGACAAACCGACAUAAAGCUGGAGGUCAUGAUAUCUUCAAGUGCCACAGUACGACUUUUAGUACUCGGUAGUCAAAGGCCACAGCUGACUGCCCUCUAAAAGCAGUCUAUAAGGUACAGCAGUAUUUUCAUGGACUCUAUGCUGUUAUUUGCAAACUGAAGUUUUCUUAUGUUACUCUCUGAAGAUGAUGGCUCUGUAGUGACCUACACAUUUAGCAUAUGCCCUGAUUUCUUCUGCUUCCUGGAAGUUUUACCCUUGUACUGCCUGCUGCUAAGAUGUUAGUAUCUCAAUUUUAAGGUUUCUCAACGCUGUACUUUCUGCAUAACCCUUAGUUAAUUUGUUGUACAGACUGUUAAUUGCUUUUGAAAUCCUAGCACCUUACAUAAAAUUCUCUCAAAGUGGAAUAUUUUGUGUGGUUUUUGAGGGGACUAAAUUGAAUAGCUACUUUGAAUUGCUUAAUUUUGUGUAUCAUACACAAACACCAGCUCACAGCUCCACAAGACUCCCUGCACAUUUUGUACUAAUUCUGUUUCAGCCCAGGUCUGUAUGGAUUUACAGCUAUUUUAUCAGGUAUGCCAAACUUUAUUUUUGGGCUUCAGACUUUGUAGCUUUCAUGUACAGAUACUUUAAUGUUCAAGCCACAGUAGUACGCAGUACUGUAUCCACAUGCAGUUCCUGUCAGCACUCUAUGGAUCACAUCUACUGUUACGGACGUUAUAAAAGAAUACAUUAGAUCUCUGAUUCGGGUAUAAAGUUACACUAGACAUCACGGAACCCAUAAAAUGCCUAUCCUGUCCCCAAAAGAAGGUCUGAUUCCAACUAUGCAAUUCUUCUGUAUCCCUGAAGAAACCACAUCACAAGACGACGCUCACAAGCUCUUCUAACCAUGGUAUAUACAAAAAGAGAGAAACAACAGGUAACCACUUGCAGCGCACCAAGGAAAAUUUUCAGAAGAGAACUGCCUUUACCUCCGAUUUUUCAUAUUGCUACACCUCAUGAAACAUCUCUGAAGAACCACGGGAGAACCUCUUUUCUGGCAAAAGAGCUCACUUGGUAACACUCACUUGGGAGAACGAGAGAAGGUCAGACGGACAGUCAGUUACUGCCGUUAUUAGAUGCCGUUAUUGCUGCUGCUGCUGUCUAAGAUGAUGAGUAAGAAAGAAAAACUACCCUGCAUUUUCCACGUGAUGUGGCACGUUUUAGUCACUCAUGGUUUUAACUGGCAGCUCAGUUUGGUAAGCUGUAUUCUUUGUACUGCUUAAAGCAUUCUGAAAUUCUUCCACAUCUCAGUUUCAUUUAAAGCCAAGUUUCAUUUGUCUCCUUUAAUUACUUUUCCCUCAGGAAUUUAUUCCUGUGCACUCAAUAACAAGUUUAGAAACAGUAUUUUUAGGAUUUGUAGUGAUAGGCCAUCCUCAAGGAAUUCUGCAUAGUUGUUCUACUUGUUUAUUAAAUUAAACACUUGAAGAAGUCAGAAAUAUUCUACUAUUAAAUCACAUUUGCUGAGUUUGCAUUCGGAGGUGCAGAACUUUUAUACUGUUAUUCACUAAUGUGCUUCCCAGUGACUGUAUUCUUCAAGUUCUGAUCUAAUUGUAAAUACAACAGCAGUAAUAAAUUAUCCUAAAAGGCUGAAGUAUAAACCAGAAGAUGCCACAAAAGUGCCUCUUGGACGCAUCUGCAAAACCUACAUAAGCAUCUGUAGGAUCUGUUUCACGGGUGAGGAGAAGGCACUCAGUGCCCAUAGGUGCUGUCGGAGCAGUGGAUUCCCUGUGCUCGAUAUUCUCCUGUCCAAUGAGGUGGAAUGCUCUGCAGGCACAUGGUUUACGCUGCUCAAAAUAACUUGGGACCUGCGAACUGACAAAUGCUAUUGCUCCGGUGGUGACAGGUUGUCCAGCUUCUUACAGCCAUCCUCGUAACAACGAAGGUUAACUUCUUUCACUGUAUGGACUCCUAGCUGUUUGUGUUCCUGAGGACUGGAAGAAUUCCCUCGCUUCCUUGUCUUUAAUCUCACGCUGGUGGAUAAUUGUCAUCGCUACUAACUGCCAGCACUGGGCAGCAACACCUGGAGGAAUUAAAAAAGCAUGCAAGACGACAGUUUAGAAUCCUCAACUUCAAUAUCUCAACUUCUGAGAGAAAGUUAUUUAGCUGAAACUAAACAUCAAGGGAACAGUGAAAGAAGCAGAUCAGAACCAACUUCACAUAACUUUCUUUACGGCAACAGUUCUGGUGAUUCAGAUGAGGUAGUUGCCCAAGAUGACCUUCCAGAUCUCUCCGCAUUUUUGAGCCAAGAAGAGUUAAAUGAAAGUGUAAACCUAGCAAGACAAGCUAUUGAUCAGAAUCCACUGGAAGCUAAACAGGAUGAGCUUCAUCCCCCGGAUCAACUGAAAAACACUGGAAAAAAGAAACAAAUGGCCCACUCUACAGCUUUAAGAACAUCAGACAACGGCCUGCCUGCAAACUUUUGCCAGGAUCGUGCCACAGACGCAAAAGGUUCCAAGGGGAGCCCUCAAGAUCUAAAGAAACACCUUCCCUCUGAAUCAGAAUCAAAAAAGGAAUUCCUAAACAAGGCAGCAGAUUUUAUUGAGGAACUCUCUUCACUUUUCAAAGCUCACAACUCUGAAAGAAUAAGACCCCGAACAUGCAAAAACUACAGGAGCAAAAUUGAUUCUAAGAGUAAGUCUGCUCAAAAAGCUAGCUCUAGUCUCUCUGGUACAUCAGAAAACAGAGAGAGGCUUUCCAUUCCGCUACCUCUAGACUUGGAAAACAAAUCAGAGGAAGCAUUUGAAAAACUAGAUGAUCAACUAACAGAACACUCUGAAUCUAUCAACCAGCUGACAAGUGCAGAGCUAAAAACAGAGUCAGAAUCUGCAUAUUCUGAUGAGCCUCUCGGACAGCCACCGCGCUUCACUCAAAAACUGAAGAGCAGGGAAGUUCCUGAAGGAACCAAAGUGCAAUUGGACUGCAUUGUGGUAGGAAUCCCCACACCUGAAGUCAGGUGGUACUGUGAAGGCAAGGAGCUUGAAAAUUCGCCAGACAUUCAGAUUAUCCAGACAGGUGAUCAACACUCGCUGGUUAUUGUGGAAGCUUUUGAGGAGGACACAGGACGUUACUCGUGCUUUGCUUCAAACAUCUAUGGAACAGACUCCACAUCUGCAGAGAUUUACAUAGAAGGAGCCUCUUCUUCUGACUCUGAAGGUGAAACCAAAGACGAAAUGGAGCACAACCUAAAGCCAGCUGACACCUCCUUGAAGGUAGCACCUCCUGCCACCAGAGCUGCAACCAAGCCUCAAGAAACUUGCAAGGCACCAUCAGCUGCAGUUCAGCCUGUGUCUGUACCUAUCCAGUCUGUGCCUACACCAGUUAAUCAGGCUGAAAGCCCCACUAACUAUUUGCAAGGAUUGGAUGGAAGGCCUAUAGUUGCUGCUCCUGUAUUUACAAAGAUGUUACAGGAUAUUUCAGCUUCUGAGGGGCAGCUUGUGGUCUUUGAAUGUCGAGUGAAAGGAGCACCUUCCCCAAAGGUUGAAUGGUAUAGAGAAGGAACACUGAUAGAAGAUUCUCCAGAUUUUCGGAUAUUACAGAAAAAACCACGAUCUAUGGCUGAACCAGAGGAAAUUUGUACUCUGGUUAUUGCUGAAGUAUUUUCAGAAGAUUCUGGCAGUUUCACCUGUACUGCAAGCAAUAAGUAUGGCACAGUAUCUAGUAUAGCUCAGCUAAGUGUCAAAGCAUCUGAAGACAGUAAUAAUGCUGCUGCCCUUCACACAAUGAGUUCAAUCAACUCAGUUGCUGCUGAAAAUCAGUCACCCCCACAUAAUCCUUCCCAGCGUGUAGGAAGUGAAAACCCCAAACCUAAACUUGAAGGCGUUCUUGUGAACCACAAUGAACCCAGAUCAAGUUCCAAGAUAGGUCUCCGUGUGCACUUCAAGCUGCCUGAAGAUGAUAAAGGAAGUGAAUCACCACCAGAAGAUGGACUUGGCACUACAAACAAAACCAGACCCAGCUAUUUUCAUGACAAGAUAAAUGGACAGCCAGUAAAAAUACCAGAGCCAACAUCACCAUCCAAGGAACCCCCUCCAGUACUGGCUAAACCAAAGCUUGAUCUGACGCAGUUAAAACAGCUUCACAACCAGGUCUUGCUUGAGCAACAGCAGGUGCAUCAGACAUCUUCAAGAGAUUUGUCAUUCAACACUACUUUACUGAAUUCUGCUACUUCACUCAAUCAACAGUCCACCUCAACCACGUACAAGCAAAGCAAAGCCUCUGUUUCACAAGCGUUCAGCUAUACCCGACCUAAGCAGUUCCUGCCACCACAGACUACACCACCUAUCAUUUCCUCUUCUAGCUCCUCAGUGACAAUAUUCAGCAGUGUCUCUCAAGGAAUUCAAAGAACAAAUAGCAGGGAAAAUGUCACAGGAAAUCCUCCACCUGUACAAUCGAGGUCAUCGGGAGGAUUUACAGGCAAAAGUGAACAGUCUUCACCAAGCCCUAAAGAAUCUACGGUCCCAUUAACGCUGUCUACAUCCAGUGUAAAACAGUUCCAGCCACAGAGUGUGACUCCUGCUCCUGUCUCCCCAACUGGCUGGAUUCAGAAUCCAGUAGCUUUCCUUAGCGCUGUUCUUCCUUCACUUCCUUCUCCGCCAUCAACCAACGCUAUGGGGCUGCCCAGAAGCACACCAGUCACCUCAACCCCGGGAGUAACAAAGAAAAAUCCAAAGCCUUUGCAGUUACCAACAGAUGAAUCUAUUCGGGAAAAUAAAGCUGCACUUGUAAAGGACCUGGAGAGAAAACUACAUUUCAGAGAAGAUAUUAAUCAGCAAAGUAGCCAGCAGGAAUACAGGAUUUCAAGCUUUGAGCAGAGGCUGAUGAAUGAAAUAGAAUUUCGCCUUGAACGUACCCCUGUGGAUGAAUCAGAUGAUGAAAUUCAACACGAGGAAAUCCCUACAGGCAAAUACAUAGCGCCCAUCUUUGACAAGAGACUCAAGCAUUUCCGGGUCAUGGAAGGAUCUCCUACCACAUUCACUUGCAAAAUUGUCGGGAUACCCGUUCCCAAGAUAUACUGGUUCAAGGAUGGCAAGCAGAUUUCCAAGAAAAACACACAUUACAAAAUGAGCAGAGAAGAAGAUGGAACAUGUUCUUUACAUAUUGAAGCUGCUACUAAUGAUGAUGAUGGCAACUAUACUAUUAUGGCUGCAAACCCACAAGGGAGAGUAAGUUGUUCAGGCCACUUGAUGGUUCAGAGCAUCCCUGUUCGAGGCCGACUAUCAACACUUCAGCCUCACAGAGCACGCCCCCGGGUGCCAGAAGGAGGAGACAAAGAAGCAGUUCAAGAACGCUUUUUCAGGCCAUACUUCCUCCAGGCUCCAGGUGACAUGGUAGCACAUGAAGGGAGACUUUGUAGGCUGGAUUGUAAGGUGAGUGGAUUACCAACGCCAGACCUGACGUGGCUUCUGAAUGGCAAACCUGUGUUACCAGAUGGUACCCACAAGAUGCUGGUCAGAGAGACUGGAGUUCACUCCUUGCUUAUUGAUCCUCUCUCACAAAAUGAUGCUGGAACUUAUACUUGCCUUGCCACUAAUAAAACAGGACAAAAUUCAUUUAGUCUGGAGCUGACUGUUGUAGCGAAGGAAGUAAAAAAAGCUCCCAUGUUUUUGGAGAAGCUUCAGAACUGUGGUGUUCCUGAAGGGUACCCAGUCAGAUUAGAGUGCAGGGUUGUGGGAAUGCCGCCUCCUGUAUUUUACUGGAAGAAGGAUAAUGAAACCAUCCCAUCAAACAGAGAGAGAAUGAGCAUGCACCAAGAUACAACAGGGUAUGUCUGCCUUCUGAUUCAGCCUGCCAGGAAAGCAGAUGCUGGCUGGUAUACCUUGUCUGCAAAAAACGAAGCUGGUAUUGUCUCUUGUACUGCUAGACUUGACAUAUAUGCUCAGUGGCAUCAUCAGAUUCCGCAACAAAUAAAGCUUCGACCUGGGAGUAGCCGAUAUGCAAACCUUACUGGCCAAGGACUCGACAUUUAUUCUGGCUUCCCAACUACUGAAAGCCCUGUGUUGUUUUCAUCCCCAACUCAAAAGAUGGUGGAAAGCGAUGAACUUUGAAAAAACCAAAUGAACAAUGGUUCCAGUUACACUUGCAGAAAUACUAGAACUGAAAAAAAAAUAAAGAGGUACAAGUCAAGAUGCUCAAGGUUUACAAGCGACUUGUUUGUAAUUAAGUGUACUGCUGCUGCAAAUUUUGCAAGUAACAUAUACAAGACUUUCGCAUAGUAUUUUUCUGCAGGAUAAUUGUGGUAUGGAGUGUUGUGCAAUAAAUUCAGUACUGUGUAGUUUGCUAAGAAUUACAUAGUAAACAGUUUUCAGCACUUAAAAGCCAAUACCACUUCUACUGCUAGAAUUAAAGCUACUCUCCUGUAGCAAGCUACGUUAAGGAUUGGUGAUGUUUUGCUGGAAUACUGCCCAGUGAAAACACUGAUAUUACAAUAACAACAAUCCUGAAUGAGGGUAAACAACAUGACUUUGAAUGUAAUUCUAAAAAAAAAAAAAAAAAAAAAAAAGCCAGAUAAUCACAAAGCACAAGUACAAGGAAAAAGAUGUAUCUCAUUUUUAUAUAUGAUUAAACCAGAUAAUCUUAUAAUUGUUGAACUCAAGUCUAGAUAAGUAUAGAAUUCCAUGUAGGUACAGCUGUAUACCUUAUAUAUUUAUAUUUGUGUGCGUGUGUAUACUCCAUGAACUGUGUACUCAUGGCAUAAUGAUUCAUAAAGUAAGGUACAGGACAUAUGCCCAGGGCUCUAACAUAGGAAAGUAAUCUUCCUGUAGUCUGAAGCAUGUUCUGUAGAACUCACAACUGAAACUAUUUUCCAGAUGUGCGUCGUAUUUUUUUUGCCUUACAUUGGUAGUGAUUCUCUGCUUUUAAACAUAAAUUCAUACCAAGCUUGUAACUUCAGGGUUUUCAAAUAUCAGUCUCUUUCUUCCCGUUUUUAAUGUGACUGAAAGAAAAGUAUCUACCAUAUACCUCAUUUUUUCCUCUAACUGAAAAGGAAUUAUGAUCUGCUGGAAAUCAAUGAUUUCAUCAUCAUUUAGGAAAUAAUGACAAGUAUGGUGUCUACUAUUAAGACAGCAAAUUCCAUUAAUACACAAAAAUCUACGGACUUAAUGUACAAAGAGCUAAAAAAAAAAUUGUACUAUAACUAAUAGGAGUAUAUAAGAAUCUAAUGAAGAUGCAACAGAAGGUGUUCAGAACACUUAAUUGAUUUAAACACAUUGAGCAUCUGCACAGUUGUACAGCGUUUAGAAUCUGCAGCUGUCUAAGAUUAUUUCUUGCUUCUAAGUUAUUGUUAUCUCUCUUCUAUGGGCAAGAAAAAUUAAAAGAUGAAAUAUGAAACAAAAAAUUAACAGCUACUAUUGGUUUAGAUCUUAUUUGGAUUUUUUUUCAAAGUUACAAGUGUAACUUAAAAAAUUACAAAUUCAAAGAAAACAAUGAGGAAUUAUCUUAAGAGUGGAAGGAUACUGGAUGUGGACAGAGACUUGAGAAAGAGAAAGCCUUUAAUCCCUGGAUUGCCUACACAAGCAAUUUAUGAUAUUGCUAACUGUUGGUUCCCUAAAGAUGCAUGGGAAGUGAAUUUAUUGUAUUGUUCCAUUUCCUAUGGGACUACCAUAACAAAAAGCUACCAUAACAUAAACUCACCAUUACAACUUCCCUGCUUUUGUUGGAAAUCUCAUGUAUGAUUCACCCCAGACUGAGCAGAUCAGGAAGCUAAAAUAUAUUCUUAUCCUGACAGACAAUACAAGAUACAGUCACUUCAGCAAGAAAGCAGAAAUGCCAGUUGUUGCUGAUGUUGUAUCUCCUUUUUAGCAAGUAAGAUAAAACUAAUCGCUAUGAAAAGCAGUACAUUAAUUCAAGUUACUUCAGUUAUGAGAUGCUCAGUUUAAGACAAAUUGUAGGCCUCCAGAAUAGAGAAGCCCUUGUUCCUCUGUUUUUCACUUGUUCUUAGGAUGGCUUAGUGAGUCAAAGUUGGUAAAAAUAAUAAUGAAAAUAAAAAUUAAAAAAUUAAAAGAUUCCUGUAUUUGUAACUACUCUUGAGAAAAUAAUCCAAAGAAAGUUAUUGGAUUUUAUUUAACUCAGUGCUGUUGGGAAGAAGGAUGAGAGAGAAUUAAGGCACAAAAGAUCUAUUUCCAGUCUUCUCAUUACUUCAUGCCAGAAGUGAAAAGUGGAUUUUGAUCCAAAGUAUUUAAAACUGGAUAUCGUUCAUCAGGCUUUGUACCUAGCAAAGGGUUAGUCAAGCUCUUUUCCUCUUUAGAACACAACCGUGGGCCCCUUGCCUAGCUUUAAGGGAUUGGACCAGAUGAUUUCCUGAGGUUCCUUCCAACCCGAAUCAUCCUAUAUGUCCUACAUUAUUUUACUUUCCUCUGCCUGCCUGAAUAUCCUAUAUGGAUAAAGUUUCCUAUUGACUGAGUAGAAACAGGCACAAGCUUCUCCUUCUGGCUGUGAUAAAUCCCACUACGCAAUUCUAGCAAGAGUAAGCAUGAUAUCUGAUUAUUUUUUUUUUUACAUAGUUUAAAAGAAUAAUAGUACCUGUUAUUUGCAAAUACUUGGUUACCAGUUCUAGAAUCAUACCUGUGAAUAUUACUGACAUUAGUAGCAAUUCUCACGUUUUGUAACAUCAGACAUCAUGUCCAAGAACGUGGCACAAACCAAAAGACAAAGAGCACGGAUAAAAGAUGUAAACCAUAUCUUUUCAUCAUUUUUUCAGUGGAAUCUCUCUUGACUUAUGUAAUUAUAAUUUGAGCACGCAAGCUGAAGGAUAAGUGAUACGUUUUUUUAAAUGUACUUUUUGUUCUUGUUGUUGAGGCAGACAAGAGCUACUACUUUUCCCAAAAAUUCGUAUAAGGAUUAAUUCUAAGUCAUUAAAUAAGAGGCCCCUGCAGAUUCACAGCAAACUAGGCUACAGAGUGCAUCACCAAAAUCUGUCACCUGAACUAUAAAUAUUCUCUCUUUGGCAGUAUUUUUUUGCAGAAGGAUCAAAUUCUUAUCCAUCACACUUCCCUACAUAAUGUAUAAGUCAGAGAAAUUACUUUCAGUGCAUCUGACAUAAAUCAAAUCAGAAUCUGAUCCCAAACAAAUAGCCUGUAGUCAUUAACUUUUGUCUAUUAAUUGCUGCAGAACAUUUGUCCUUUGCAUAUUCUGAGCCCAGACAAUGAGUGUGUAAACAAAGCUUAGUGAAUGGAUGUAAAUGCUGCUAAUUAGCAGAACUAAUGUGCUCAUCAUAAAGAAGAUGCAAAAAUGAUGCUUAUCUUGUUGACUGAUGGAAAAGCCAACAGGAAAAAUCACUUGCGUAAGCAGUAGAGACAACACUGAGUUGUCACAAAACUUGAUGUUGUUUGAGUUCAUGUGCCAUGAAGGUAUCAUACUGUGUCAAGAUACACUACACGCUAUGCAAUUGUGCUCUCUUCCUGAACAGCUUGACUUUUCAUUGUUUUUGUUCAAUUGAAUAGCUGAUUUGAUUUCACACUAACAUGAUAUUUCAUUCUCUUAUUUAGGGCAGGCUCCUGCAACAAUAAAAAUCAAUGUUAGAGCAUUUACUGGAAUCAGUGUUAGCUAUUAUCUUCCAAAAGUCCAUUAAAUCACCACAAUGUGAAACAUAACAUUGUAUCGAUGAGAUACAGAAAUACUCAUUUUUGUAAACUUUCAGUAACACAUCAUUUUUCUGAUUCAGAUUCUUGUGGGUUUACUUAGUUUCUUGUUCCCUUCCAGUCCUGUUUUUGUAUGUGACCAGAUACACAAUAUAUUUCAAAGAACAGCAGAAAUAACUUCUAUUCUGUGAUUCUAGAAGGUAGAAGUAUUUGCUUUAAAAUUUUUGGCCUACCUUGGUACAGACACAGUCCUCAGCAGCAUCAUAUGACAGUUUGCAUUAACACCAAUAGACUUCUUGCCUUAAAACAGCUAGACUGAGAUAAUUUGCUUGCAUGCAGACAGUGGAACGUACCUUCUGAAUGAUUCCUAUACACUAGUGUGAAGAGGAGAGCACACGAUCUAAAUCAUAAAAAUCAAGUCUCCAGCCUCUUUCAUAAUAUCUAAGCAGUUGCCAAUUGCAAUUGUUUACAGUAAAAACAGAUAUUGCAAAGGAGCAAAUCUGAAAUAAGAGUUACUAAAAGUACUGUGCUCUUAAGGUUAAAAAAACAUCAGUCUCAAGACAAUGACUUCAUACAAAAUGAUUAGUAAGACCUAAUGAAAUUUUUUAAUUGUUAAAUAUUGAAUGAGUGAUCCACUGUUAGUUGCCUUACUAUUUCCAGUACAGAUAUGGUCACUUUGAGCCUUAAAAUUCUAUUUUAUAUUUUUGUCUUGAUUACAGUUGAUAUUUUUUAUUUUUUGAUCCAAAGUCAUUCUCAAUGGGAAAAUAGUGCUAACAUCGGUUUGAAAGUGCAUUCAGUGCAUACAAAAGGAAGAAACAAAUGCCCAAAUGUCCAGGAAUGUAUCUCCUUUCAUCUUAACUUAAAUAAAUGCUUCGGAGUUACAUAUGAGAGUGUGUCUGUGAUGUGUUGAAGUAAUUGCAAAAGUGUGGAGCAAAACCAGAGGUUUCUACAGAACUCAGAUGUGACAGCUAAUGAAAUUAAUGCAUUUAGACUUCACAUUAUUUAGAAGAAAAUCAUAAAGUACUGCCAAGUCAGGGAUAUAGUAGACACAACGUUAGCGUAUAGCUGUGACAUACAGUUGCUGUUUUUUCUAAAUAUCAGUUUGCUCUUGUUUUAAAUUACGCGUUCUUCACCCAAUAACCUCUCUCCUCAAUCAAAUUUUAAAAGGGCAAGUUUUAUCAGGGGAACCAGAGCAGAAGCUAAGGUGUCUUUAAGACAGUCUGAACAUUCAAAAGAUCUGUAGGGUUGUCUGAUUAUCGGCAUCUUGUAGAAUUCAUCCCCAACACCUGUAUUUGGGCAUAUCCUUCUAUUUUACAGACUGGCAGAGAUGAACUCCACUGUAUCUCAUAAAUUCCUUUACCAUGUUGCAUCAUGUUCAGCCAGCAGCACCCACACAACACCCACAGAAAUGCCCAGUUAUUGGAUCUAGGACCAAAGCUCCUCUGUGCAGUAAGCAGGGCACUGGAGAGUGUUACAGAAGAUUUAUUUUUUUUCACCCUUUAGCUCUGUAUGCAGUUCUUCAAUAAAUGAAAAGUGAAUGAAGCUGCAGAAGCAAAACUAAUACUACAAAGAAGAUGGAUUUUAUAGUCUUGAUAUAGAAGGCAACGGGGGGGGGGGGGGGGGGGGGGGAGCAUUCUAUUACAUUUGCUGGUCUUGAUUUUACUGUCCCAUUUAACCAUGUUUCUCCAUUCCUGCACAGAUUAAUUCUUGUGUACAUCUGUAACUGCUAGGUCAGAGACAACGUUCAUAAGGACAUUUUAGCCCUGCUACAGCUCCACACAUGUAUUGUCACUUCCUCUGAGCAGUAAAAGCUGCUUUUAAAAAUGCCCCUAUACUUCAAGUCCAUGAUAGUAUUGAAGAAAUAACAUCAUACAAAUAACCUUUGGGCCAUACAUGCUACAGAUUUCAGUGGAGGUCUCCAUUUAUUUCAGUGUGAAAUUAUGUUCAGAAACAGAUCAUUCACUAAGAUUAUACCAUCUUCUAACAGUAUAUGACUAUUUUUUUUUUCUUUUUUAAAUAAAGAAAUGGAGAAAUAUCAAAGACAUUUUGAAAUCUUGAAAAACUGACUAUGGAUUUCAGACUGCAGGAAGCCAUUCUAAUAUGGACUUCUUUUUGUUAUUUGGAGUUACAUAUGCAGACAUCUUAAGCAAAUUCUGUGUAAGUUAAGAUUUACUUUGCAUGUUAAUUUCUGUACAAAUGAAAACUAAAAGACAAAUUGGAAAAAAAAUUACUAGUAUACAAAAUACUAAAAUGUAUUACUUGGUAGAAAAUAUUUAAAUAUUAUACAUAUGGGUUUUGCUUUGGGUUUUUUAAAAACUAUGUUUUCUUGAAACUCAAUUAAAGUUAAAAACAUAAAGCUUUCUUUUUUUAAAUGAAAUCAUAUGUCUUUAAUAUCUAUGUAGAGGAAGCAUUGGACUGUUUCUUCAAUGAAUAAAUGUGUUUUUGUUCUCAGUGCA